UCCUUGAUUCCGGGAUCUUCAACUUUCUUCAACUUCGUCUUCCAUGUCUUCUUCACCGUAUACAUCGCGAAGCCUUUACAACCUCACCGGCCUCGUGGCAGUCGUUACUGGAGGCGGAACAGGAAUAGGACUCAUGAUUGCGCGAGGACUUGCUGAAAACGGAGCCAAAGUAUACAUCACAGGGAGAAGGAAAGACGUUCUAGACAAAGUUGUGGCGAGUGGAUCUAUAAAUGGGACGGUGGUGGCACUACAGAUGGAUGUCACGAACAAGGAAAGCAUACUCUCGGCGACAAAGAUAUUAGAGGAACAGGAAGGAAAGCUUCAUAUUUUGGUUAACAACGCCGGUCAAGUCGGACCUGUGUCCAGAUUCUUCAAUCAGAUGGAUGCCCCAGAGCAUAAGGACGCUGAGACACUGGGUAAAGCAAUGUUUAACGAAUCGAUGCCAGGAUGGUCGGAUCUCUAUGCUAUUAACGUGUUUCCCAUCUUUUUCGUCACCAUGGCGUUCCUAGGGCUGCUUGAUAAAGGGACGAAGGACUGCGCGAACACCCGACCAGGAUACACAGCCAAUGUUAUCAACGUUACAAGUAUCAGCGGGUUGAUGAAGCUGGCACAAGAUCACUUUGCUUACAACAGCGCCAAAGCGGGGGCGUCACAGCUGAGCAAGAUGCUAUCCACAGAACUCGCGCUUAAAAGUGUACCUGUGCGCGUAAACGCCAUAGCACCAGGACCGUAUGAGUCGGAGAUGACGACCGAUGUGAUCACACCGGAAGAGGUGGACAGAAUCGGGAAGGGCGUGUUGCCUGUGCCUGCAAGGAGGGCUGGGAAAGGCGAAGAGAUGGCGGGCACGGCGGUAUACUUAGCUUCGCCGGCAGGAGGAUAUAUGAAUGGCCAGGAGCUCGUUAUCGAUGGCGGUUAUCUAGCGGUAAACCCAUGA